UUUCACCUACACUUUCCCGCCCACUUUUCCCCAACUUACAUUAGCCGUCCCCCCAUGACUUUAGAUUGGAUCGAUCGGAUCGGAGGUCUUUUAAUUUAUUUAACUUUUUUUAAAAAAAGAGGUAUUUACAUGUGGCUCUUAAAAAGUUCCAUUUGUUUUUAAAAAUAUUUUUGGCAUUUGUUUUCUGUUCGUUUUAUUUUUAGUGUUCUUUUAUUUAAUAUUGAACGUUUUGAAAGGAAGAAAUGUUUUAAUAAUUAAAAAAACAAAAUAUAAUAUGUUUACUCCAAACGCUUCUGAAUUAAAUGGACAACAAGACAUUAAAGUUUAUAUUUCUACAGUAACUGGAAAUGCAGAAAUUCGUCAACAAAUUAGGCAGAUAUUAAUGGUUCUAGAUGGGAUGGGUGUUCCCUUUCAACAAGUAGACAUUACAGUUCGUGGAAAUGAAAUGGAAAGAGAUUUUAUGCGCGAAAAAGCAAUUAAUCCCAGGAACGGAACUGAUGUGCCAUUACCGCCCCAAAUAUUUUAUAAAUUUGAAUAUUUAGGAAAUUAUCAUGAUUUUGAAGAAGCCGUAGAAAAUAAUAGACUAGAAGAAUUUUUACGUUUAUUGCCCCCUGAAGAGGAGGAUGUUGCUGAUGAAGAGGAAGAAGAUGAAGAAGAGUCAGUAAGCGAUGAAAGUGGGGAAUAUGAUGAAAGUGAUGAAGACGAGGAGUUAGAAAAUGAAGAUGAAGAGGAGAUAGAAUAUAGUGAAGAAUUGAAUGGAGAGGUAGAAGUACCGAAAAAGAAAAUUAAAGAAUCUAACGAAGAAAAUGACAAAGGGGGAGAAAAAGAGAAGAAUAAAAAAGAAAUUGGGAAGACUAAAAUGGAUGAAAAGAAAAUUGAAGAUAAAAAAUCAUCCCAAGAAAAUGGUAUUGAACCACGUAAAAAGAUUUCAAAUAAAGAAAAUGAAGAUAUGAAAAAGGAUGUUAAGAAGAAUGAAGAAAAGAAAAUUCUAAAUAAAAAAGAAACUAAACAACCUUCAGAUACGACAAAGAAAACAUUGGAGAAGAAUGAAAAGCAGCCAAUAAAGGAUAAAAAAGCUGAAGCAGAUUCAAAGAAAAUGAAUGGAGUUGAGAAAAAAGAAGUUAAAAGAAAUGAAACAAAGCAGGUUGAACCUAAAAAGAAAGAGGAAUCAAAGAAGGAACUCAAAAAAGAAGAGACAAAGAAGGGUAAUUUGAAGAAAGAUGAGAAGUCAGAACUCAAGAAGGAAUUGGGGAAAGGAGAACCCAAAAAGGACGAUAAAAUUGAAAAUAAGAAGCAAGAACCACAGAAGGACAUUAAAAAAGAACCUAAAAUAGAAGUCAAGAAACAAGAACCAAAGAAGGAAAUUAAAAAUGAAGAUAAGAAAGAAGAAACUAAAAAGGACACGAAGAAGGAGGCAAAGAAAGAGGAACCCAAAAAGGCCGUAAAGAAGGAAGAACCUAAAAAGGACGCAAAGAGAGAAGAACCCAAAAAAGACGUAAAGAAGGAAGAACCUAAAAAGGACGUAAAGAAGGAGGAAUCUAAAAAGGAGGCAAAGAAGGACGAACCCAAAAAGGAUGCAAAGAAGGAGGAAUCUAAAAAGGAGGCAAAGGGAGAACUCAAAAAGGACAUAAGGAAAGAAGAACCUAAAAAGGACGUAAAGAAAGAAGAACCCAAAAAGGACGUAAAGAAAGAAGAACCUAAAAAGGAGGCAAAGAAGGAAGAACCCAAAAAGGACCCAAAGAAAGAACCACCCAAAAAAGUAGAAGAAGAAUUGGAAGAUGAGGAAGAAUGGACAUAUGAGUAUGUAACGGAUGAAGAAUAUGAAGAGGAAAUACCUCCAAUAGAAAAUAAUUUGGCGAAAAAGAGUUUAGUUAAUGUUAAGCCGAAAACAAUAGAUUCGAAAACAACGACAAAAUCACAAGAACCAAUGAAAGAACCUAAGAAGGAAAUUAAAAAAGAAGAAACAAAAAAAGAAGAACCUAAGAAUAAGGUUGAGAAAGAAGCUAAGAAGGAAAUUAGGAAGGAAGAACAAGAACCUAAAAAGAAGGAAGAAACAUUGAAGAAUGAAGCUAAAAAGGAUACAAAGGAAAAUCAGAAAAAGGAUGAACCAAAGAAAGUUAAAUUUGAAGAAGAGGAAUUGGAAGAUGAAGAAGAAUGGACAUAUGAAUAUGUAACUGAUGAAGAAGGGGAGGAAGAAGGAGUCCCCCCAAUCCAGAAUGAUUUGUUGAAGAAGCAGGUCGAAAUAAAAGAAGAUAAGACAAAAAUUAACUCAAGAAAUGAAUCCCCGAAAAGGUCUGAUUCUCCUCCAAAGAAAGUACCAGAAAAGGAAAUACCCAAAAGGACAGAAUCACCAGCUAAAAUAAGUCCACAACAAACAAACAAAGAUGUUCCAAAGAGGACGGAGUCGCCUCCUAAAAAGACACCAGAACCUCCUCCUAUUAAGAAAGAAGUGCCCAAGAGAACAGAAUCACCAUCUAAAAAGGCGCCAGAACCUCCCCCUAUUAAGAAAGAAGUGCCCAAGAGGACGGAGUCGCCUCCUAAAAAGGCACCAGAACCUCCUCCUAUUAAGAAAGAAGUACCCAAGAGAACAGAAUCGCCAUCUAAAAAGUCACUAGAACCUCCAAGUAAAAAGGAGGUGCCGGCAAAAACUGAAUCAUCUUCUAAGAAAGUUUCAGAAAAAGAGGCGUCAAAGAGAAUAGAAGCAUCAAAAAAAGUGGAGGUACCAAAGAAGACUGAACAGCCAAACAACAAAAAUGAAAUAUCAAAAAGAUCAGAAUCGCCUCCAAAAAAAGUGUCAGAAAAGGAGAAACCACCUCCUAUGAAAGCACCGGAAAAGGAAGUAUCAAAAAGAGUUGAAUCCUCACUUAAUAAGGCAUCAGAACCUUCCAGAAAAAAUGAGAUCACAAAGGAGAAAGAAUCGCCACCAAAGAAAGUAACAGAAAAGGAAAUACCAAAAAGGAAGGAAUCUCCGCCUAAAAAGGUACAAGAAUCCACAAGCAAGAAAGAUUUACCCAGGGAAUCACCCCAGAAAAAGGUUCCAGAUGCAUCCAAGAAAACGGAAUCGCUUCCUAAGAAGGUAACUGAAAAAAAUGUGCCGGCAGAAUCACCACCCAAAAAAGCGUUAGAAAAAGAGUUACCAAAGAAAACUGAAACACCUUCCAAGAAAGUUCAAGAACAAGAAAGCAAGAACGAGCAAUCAAUUUCUAAGAAAUCGUUGGAAAAUGGGGUGUCAAAAGGAAAAGAAACUCUAACAAAGAUACAAGAAACUCCUAGCAAAAAAGAAGUGCCACCAAUUAAGAAGAUGCCAGUAACAGAAGCACCAAAGAAGAAUGAAAUACCACCAAAGAAGAUACCGGAAAAGGAGACACAAAAAGGUACCGAAUCUCCCUCUAAAAAGACAAAAGAAAAGGAAGAACAAAAGAGAACAGAAUCACCUCCAAAAACAAAGCCAACAUCAAAAACUGAAGACUCCAAAAAGGAAACGGCAAUAAAGAAAGAAAUAGCUAAUCAUUCUAUGGAAAAGCCGGAUUCUAAAAAAUCAGAGAAUAAAAAGAGUGAAAGUAUAACAGAAAGUAAAAAAUUGGAAGAAAAAAAGAAAAUAGAAGUUGAAGAAGAAUUGGAAGAUGAAGAUGAAUGGACAUAUGAAUAUGUAACUGAUUCUGAAGGAUAA